CGAUUGAAAGAGAAUGCUCGUUACAUUGAUAUUGAUUCCACUGGUUGUUUAUUUGGUGAUUAACACCGGUUUAUAGUAUUUAUGGCGCAUCAUUAUUCCCGUGGAGAGUGGCAAAUCAGCUAAGCGGUGGGCGGGGCGGGGUGCGCGCGCGCCGCGUCUCGCACGGGAUCGCUCUAUCCUUGUUAUUAUGUAUUUUAUUCUGUUUUAACUCUCACUCCAGACGAACGUCUCGCGUCCGAUCCUUACCGUAUUAUUACCGGUGUGGUGCAAAAUCAAACCCAGUUAUGUCAAUAUGAUCAUUAAUAAAAAGUUGUUUAGCUAUCAGCCGAUCGAUGUCGGUUUAGUGAACGAGUGAUCUAAUAGUAUCAUAUUUAUUAAUACAAUUAAUUUUUUAUACCUUUUAGCAAUUAUGUAUAUUAUCAAAUCAUUGAUUAUGUUCCAGUUCAUUAUUGUUACGUUUUUAUUAUACGUUACUGAUGCAGUGCCCAACGUUAAGAGUAACAACGAGCACUGUACCGGGCGUGCCGCGUCGUGCGACGCGAACGCCGGCCCGCGUCGUGCAGUGUGCGGGACGGACGGUCGCACGUACCAGACGCGCUGCCACCUCCUCAGGGCCCAGUGCUCGGGUGAACCCGUGGCGCUAGCCAGAAAAGGACCAUGCGCUGAGGGCCAAUCAUCCUGCCUGAUUGCGUUGCGCUAUGCCCUGAACGGGCAGGGCGGGCGCCGAGCCAACUUCGUGCCGCGAUGCCGCGCAGACGGGACCUACGUCGCCGUGCAGUGCGCGGCCGCGGGCGCCGGCGCCGCCGCGGGCUGCUGGUGCGUCACGCCCGACGGCAAGCCGCUUCAGGACACCGCCGUCAGGAAUGGGAGACCAGACUGUACCAAAACCGGUAAAUCGCACACCAGACGUCGGUCAUCGGUCCGAGGUCAACGGAAUAAAAGAAGUUGUUCCCGCUCGGACCGGGUGUUAUUCAACGCGAAUCUUAUAAAGAUAUUCAGCGUAGAGUAUGAGCGCGCAAGGUCGGGCUCGGGCUCGAUGGAGCCCCGCUCCGUGGCUGACUGGAAAUUCGGGGAGCUCGACCGCGACAGGAGCGGGGCCUUGCAGAAGCCCGAGUACAGGGGGCUGAGGAGGCUCAUCAAAAAAUUGGUGAAGCCGAAGCGCUGCGCGCGCGCCUGGGCUCGCGGCUGCGACGCCGACGGCGACGGCGAGAUCGCGGCCGCGGAGUGGGCCGCCUGCCUGCUCGACAACCCGGAGCCGCCCACACCGGAUUUUUCUCUCCGUUUCUUCAUGUUGUUGAACGCAGACGAGGAUAACGGACCGGAACCGGAACUCGACUAUGGGGAGGAGGAGCCACCGCCGGACCCGAGCGCAGUGUUGCCGGGCAACAUCAGGCACUCGUUCGCGCCCGACGGCUCCGAGUCGGAGGCCCACCGAGAAGACGAGGCCAACGACUGCCUCACGGACCGACAGGCCGUUCUGGACGAACAGAAAGCGGGCGCGGCGGCCCUUUACGUGCCCGAGUGUACGGGGGACGGCCGCUACGCGCGCGCACAGUGCUACCGCUCCACCGGGUACUGCUGGUGCGUGCACCAGGACACCGGCAAGCCCAUCCCGGGCUCCUCCGUCAAGGACCUGCGCCCGGACUGCGACGCCGCGCCGCACCACGCUAGCCCCAUGAGAGGCUGUCCUGAACCAAUGAAGUCAAACUUCCUGCGAGACUUGAUGAGAUUUUUAAUUACAAAAAUGGCGGCAACCACGAAUGGAACAGGGCCCGGGGAAAUCGUAAAAUGGGGGGCGUCAAAAGAAGAGCAAGCAGCCACAUGGACAUACGUGAUGCUAGACAAGGACAAAAACAAAGCCCUGGAACGACGGGAGUGGAAGUCGUUCCACCAGUUGAUCGCCAACAUGGAGCCGCUGCGGAGGUGCGGGCGCAAGCUGCCCCGCUACUGCGACAUCAACCACGACUCCAAGAUUACUAUAACGGAGUGGAUGGCCUGCUUGGAGGUCACGCAACUCCCACUGAGCCAAACAACGGAGCCAGCUAAAGUUUCAAAUCCUAGAAGAAAAGGACCAAACCCACUUGAGUCAAUCCUGAAAGCAGAUGAUUAAUAUUUAGAAAACAGCUAUGGAUUUUACAAUAUAUGUUGCUAGCGUUGCUUGUGUUUAUAAACAAACUGUCACUAAAAGUAAUAAUCGAAAUGUACAGUCACAUAUUUCGCAGCUUGUUUUUUGACAAUAUUGAGAUAGGUAAUCUAGUUUUGCCGUUA